AUGAAUCUCCGACGAGCGACGGUCGCCGACCUGAUGAACAUGCAGAACUGCAACCUGCACAACCUGCCAGAAAACUACCAGAUGAAGUACUAUCUGUACCACGGCUUGACCUGGCCGCAGGUGUCGUUCGUUGCAGAGGACCACAAGGGUCGGAUUGUCGGCUACAUCCUGGCGAAGAUGGACGAGGAGCCGACGGAGGAGGCGCACGGCCAUGUCACGUCGAUCUCGGUCUUGCGGAAUUACCGGCGGCUAGGACUCGCGAACAAGCUCAUGCAGCUAUCCCAGCAAGCGAUGAAGACGACGUACGGCGCUGCAUACGUAAGCUUGCAUGUGCGCAAGACGAACCGAGCAGCGCUGGCACUGUACAAGGAUACGCUCGGGUUCGAGGUUGUCAAGAUUGAGAAGAGCUACUAUGCGGAUGGCGAGGACGCGUACUCGAUGCAGCUCAAUCUGAAGUAG